GUGGCAAGUAGGGGGUUGGAGCGGACGGGAUGGCGUCUCGUCACACGCGCCGCGCAGAGGAAAGCCCCCAAGAUGGCGAUGCUGGCAGAGCCCCGUAGAAGACAAAAGUGGUCUGUGGAUCCACGAAACAGUGCUUGGAGUAAAGAUGAAUCUAAAUUUGGACAGAAGAUGCUGGAAAAGAUGGGCUGGUCCAAAGGAAAGGGUCUUGGAGCUCAGGAGCAAGGAAAUACAGAACAUAUCAAGGUCCAGGUGAAAAACAACAUGCUGGGGUUAGGAGCAUCCAUCAAGUAUGAGGACAACUGGAUUGCUCAUCAGGAUGACUUCAACCAGCUCCUGGCUGAACUGAAUGAUUGCCAUGGACAGGGCGAAACAGAAUCCUCAGUGACUAAUCAGAAGAAGACAUUUAAUCUUGAGGAAAAAUCAAAAUCCUCUAGGAAGCGUGUCCACUAUAUGAAGUUUGCAAAAGGUAAGGAUCUCUCAUUGCGCAGUGAGGAUGACCUGUCCUGCAUCUUUGGGAAGCGACAGAAGAGUGUGAAGACACAGGACGAGGCUACUGAUGCUGAGUCUCAGGAAGAGAAGCACAGAGGCUCCUGGCUCUCUGAGUCUACAGACAGUGCCAAUACUGUGAAGAGUGUUCUCACUGUCCAGGAAUAUUUUGCCAAGCGCAUGGCAAAACUGAAAGGAUCCCAGAAUGAAGCAGAAACAAAGUUGGAUGGUUUGGAUGGUUGCUGCCCCACAGCAGAAGCCGCCUUGGAGCUUUCAGAAGGACUGAAAACUAAAGCCAAGAAGAAAAAGAAGAAGCAGAAGAGAGAUGAGGCAGAGAGUACAGAGCACUGUGAGAAGCCACAAGGGAAAAAGUGUAAGAUAAGUAGCUUGAAUGGGAAGGAACUGGAUGUUCCUUUAAAUGAAUGUCACUCGAGGAAAAAGAAAAGGAAACAUAAAGAGCAGCAUGAUGGGGAAAGCAUUAGUUGUGAUGAAAAUAUGGGUGAUGGAGAAAUUUGUAUGGGAGUAUCUGAUGGGGAAGAUCUCAGCGUUGAGGACUCUGAGGCAAUGCAAAAGAAACGCCAUAAGAAGAAGCACAAAAAGCAAAAAGAGGAGGAAGAGGAAUGCACUGAAGGGAUGUGGAGAAAGAAAAAGAAGCGCUGCAAGUAGGUUUAACUGUUUGUGAGUCAAACUGAGACUGUGAGGUGACUGGAACUUUAUCAUGCUGGAUGAGGAGCCUACGUAAGCACCAGCCAGACAUCAAGUUGUAAUUAAGUCCUGAGUACACCUGAGCUCUUCAUCCUACCAAAACUACAGAUUGUGUUUAAAUGUAGCUCUUACAAGGGGGCUGAGAACACUGUGACAGACCAACAUGAGCUUCAGUGCCAUUUUAAAUGUAUCCAUGUAUGGGGCCAAGACCUGCAUGGCUACAAAUCAUUGUAGAAUGGCUUGGAUUGGGAGGAACCUCGAAGAUCAUGAAGCUCCAACCUCCUGCCACAUGCAGGGCCACCAACCUCCCCAUUUAGUACCAGCCCAGGCUGCCCAGGGUCCCAUCCAACCUGGCCUCCAUCAUCUCCAGGGACAUCCACAGCCUCUCUGGGCAGCUGUUCCAGCACCUCACCACUCUCUUGGCUACAAAGCAAGACUUGAUAAAAAAGACAAACCUAAGGUUCACCUUUGAGGUGAUGCAGCAGCUAUGUUUUUACACAGGCAGAACCUGUACCUCCUUCAGCCCAGAUUCACGCUGGUGUGACUCCAUUUCAGGCAACAGUAAGCAAAGUCAGGGCUGGUUUUAACCACUGCAUUUAGGACAGUGGUAAAUGGUCACCUGCUGCUUCACAUUGACUGACAUCCUACUACUGCCUUUAUUAGUAAAGCCACCAUUGUUUUCACUUCUGAAAGCUCAGCUCCUGGGAGCAGAAGGGGUUUUGCAAAACUGGAUGUAUUUUUUUUACUGAUAUUUGCAAAGUUAUGUGUAAUUUUUUCAUUGAUCUCUGUUUACAUACAAAAUUAAUGUUGUUUCUUCCCAAAAUACUUGAGUCCAAUUAAAGGAUUAUGCUUAAGUGUCAGUACUAAAGAAUGAAAUAAAAUAACUCCCUUUGUUCCCUAUCCAGUAGUUAACUAUUGUCAAGUAAUAUUAACUUCGAAUCAGAGCUACAGGAGCUGUGCCUUUAUGAUCCAUAUCUAAAUCUUUGGUUCCCUGGCAACAUUCAUGGUACUCCCAAUGAUGCACCUACCAUUCAAAGAUGUGUUGGCUGAGCAAAGUUUUGUAUGAAGUUAGGAGAUCAAAUAGAUUUUAUCUGCAGUAGUAUUGCAUUUACGCAUUGAAACCUUGCAGUUUACAUUUGUAACCAAAUGAGAGCCUGUUCCUCAUUGUAAACCUGGAAAGCAGUAAUGAGGAGCUGAAUGUGGUUUGAAAAACAUUGAGAAGACACAGAUGUAAUACGAAAGAAUUUCCUUCAGCUGCUUUUAUUGUCCAUUGGGGGAAAUGCAGCCCACAACACGUGGCCCACAUGGCUUUGGUUGUUUUAGUUGCAGCUGAACUGGACUUCUCACUCUGUAAGCUGUGUUGGUUUGCAAGUGCACCUAUCUUGCCCCGAGGACACUCUCAUUCAUUGCAGCAAGAUGUGCAGUACUGUCAGGAAGAGCAAGCUGCUUUUCCCUGUGCUCCCUGCCGGGGUGCUGGUUUUUAACCCUUAUGGCAUUUGCUUUUCAGCACUAUGCAGAUAUUAGCCAGCACGAUGCUGCUGUGCUGGGCUUGUCCCCUGCCUUCCUUCAACGACAGCUCCCAUGAACACCAUCAGAUUGCUGCACUUGGGACGUGAAAAAAAGUUAUCUUCUCAAUGGGAGAAGCACCAAAAUAAUGUUUCACAUUGUGUUGAAGCAUCUCUGUGUUAAAGCAGCUCUUCUAGUUCCUUUCUCACUAUGAGUUGGAGUUUUUUUUAUCAGUAGGAGCCCCACCAUGUUUCCCAUAAUGCUGUUUUUAACUCCUAAGGAGCUGAACCUUGUGAUCUCUUUGGAAUUUUAAGUUUAAAAGUUGCUAGUAAAUGAAUAGGGUUUCCUUCUCCCAGUACUGCUGGGUUUGUUUGCUUGUUCUAUUAAUCUUCCACGAGUUUCUUCGUGCUAAUUCCUAUGGAAAGCAUUUGGCCAGAUUCCAGUGUUACUUACAGAAAGAACAAAAAAAAGGAAUAAAUCUUUAAAUUUAUGGUGCUACUGCUGUUAAGCACAGUCUGCCUAUGAUUUCAGUCUGCCUCAGAUUGAAAUACGGGCUACAAACGGAAGAUUCUCUGUUUGUACAACAAAUGGGAAUUUCACUUUUUCCUGGGAAAUGGGGGACUUUAUUUUAAUAUGCCUUGGGCAGAACAUGGGUGGCGGGGGAAAAAAAGUCUUUCCCGACACACUCAAAUCUGAGAGAAGUGACUCACAUUGCUGCACUUCUCUUUGUAUGUUAGUGAUCAACCAACUCUGCAUCACGCAACUGAAAGCUCUUCAUGCCAGAUCGUAGAACCACAGAAUGGCCUGGGUUGCAAAGGCCCACAAUGCUCAUCCAGUUCCAACCCCCUGCUAUGUGCAGGGUCACCAACCAGCAGCCCAGGCUGCCCAGAGCCACAUCCAGCAGUGGUGCCUUCCCACAUCCAGAUGGUGCCUUGUGAAGUGGAUGACCAAUGCCGCCACUUGUUUCAAAGUAAUAAAUAAUUGUUUUUGUUUAUAGAGGGCUGCGAGUUCAGCUUUAACCAAACGGUUUGGCAAGAAAGUCAUUUUAGAAAGUGUAAGAAUUACAUCAUUACUUGGGUGGUGAAAUUAGCAGCGUGAUGAGCACAAAUAAAUGAUUUGGGUUUAUUCCCACAAAAGCUGGACUUGUAAAUAGCAGUGUCUUCUGUUAUAUGUUAUACCCACACAUUGCAGCACGAAUUUAACGCACCUCCAAGUGAAGUCACCCAGAAGCCAAGCAAAAUGAGUGCC